AAUUUCUCAGUUACUGCUGUUCGAAAAAGAGACGAAGAGAUGGUCUAAUGUCAAGACACAAUGUUUGUUUACAUCAAUAAUUGUGUUGUAUAUUCGUCGGUGCAAAGUCUUUACCGAUUCUUAAUUUAUUUGGUCUGAUUUGUGUAAAUCCUGACUACGUUGACAUCAAAAAUGCGUUCACAGGUUAUUUUAGACGGAUUGAAAAGUCUUCAGCCUGACGAAGAAGUAACUGCAAAACAAAUUGUCCAAUGGAUGAUCGGAGCGCUUGAAAUUACUGUGCAUAUUCCGUAUUUUACCAUAACCUCUACAGGUGAAGUGAGCAGAGCGUUUUUCAAACAUCUUCAAUCUGAAUCCGCGAAAGUAAAGUUUCCUUUUCAUAACAAACUGUUUGUGAAAAACUUCUUCCGUGUGGUUCAUGCUGUUGGGCGGAUAUUCGACGUAACCAUCGAAGAAGAAACUUCUCUUAAAUGUUGGAUUCAAAUUGGACAGUUUGUGAAUGACCUGCAAAAGCAUUGCAAAAACGGUCUAUUUACGCUGGUCGGUGGUGCGAUGAGUGUAUCGCUUCUGAAAAAAAUGAUUGCUGUUCCGGGUUUCAAUACGAACAAAGACAUAGUUGACAGCAUGUUACUUUACUAUAAGUGUGGCCCUGCUGUUGCAGAUGCGAAAAUCAAAGUGUUCGAAAAAAAAAUCAAAAUAUCUAAACAUCUAAACUGUCAAUAUAAGGAUUGUAUCGACGCAUUUUUCGAAUUAAUAGGAGAAAAUCUAAUCUUCUCGUCGGACACUUUCUUUCCAACUACUGCCAAAAUUUUGUUGGACGGUGUAUCUUAUAGUACCGCGGAGACAGUGAACAAAUACCUGGAUGCUGUGAACGUUUCACUUGGAUCGAAUGAUGAAGUAGCCAAAUGCAAUAUGGCCAUGUUUUUACAGCGAAAACAGUUGAUGAAACUAUUGUAUAUGAUAAUGAAAAUGAAACCCGUACAUAGUAAGAUGGUAAAAAUGCUUAAAAUGAUGCUGGAAUAUUCUAGAGAGAAGAACAUUCCGUAUGAAAUUGAUUGGACAACAGUGUUUGUUCACGUUAUUUCUUCGACCCAUGAUUUUCUGGAGCUUCUCUUCUUGGAAACACAAGGUGCUGAGCAGGACGAAGAAAUCAAAUCAUGUAAUCUAGUCGAAAGAGUCAUUCAGAUUUUCCUUCGAUAUAAUGACGAAAUUAAUAAAUUGCCUGCUCAACAACAUCGGCUGGAGCAGCACAGCGUUGAUAAAUUCAUGAAUCUGAUCAAAGACCACAUCAAUUUCGUGACAUGCGACACACUGUUUUCUCUGUUGCGUAAACAUGUUGCAGACAGUCCAGCUACGUGCGCUGUAAUCAUUCUGUUUAUCUACAGAGCUGUUACGACUUCGACUGACCUUGAAGCUCGCAAAAGCUUAUUGAAUACUGCGUAUCGUCAAAUCACUUACAUGAAAUCCUAUCCGGAACUUCUGUGUCGUCUAAACAAAAUGUUUGAUUUCUCUAAUGUCAUGAAUAAUGAACAUGAAGAGUUUCGUAAGCAAAUGUUGUUGAUCGUGCCGGAAGCAUUUCGCCAAUGUAGUCUGUAUUGUACAGCCGUCGAUUUAUUGACAGUUUUAAAGGCUGUCGGAUACGAAAAUAAUAAAUUGAUAGAUCUAUUUUACAAACAACUGCAUCUUAAUCGGAGUAAGGAAACGCUUGUAUUGAUCCUGGCGGCAGAUGACGUUUUCAAUAUUUCCGAAAAAGUGAAUCCAUUUCACCGAAGAAGGGUGUUCGAUUAUUUUAAACAGAGUUUCAAACAUUCCAGUAGUGAUAAACAAGUCCUAUACGCUUCCUUGAUGAUACACAUGUUAGCAGCUCUCCAAUCGACUCCAGACAGAUUUCUAGGUGAAGCAAGUAACACAGUUGAAAAUGAAGCUCGCGAUGUCUUUGAAUUCUUAUCCAAAGGAAUUCAUGCAGCUGAUAAAAUAUCAUUUGCUGCAGUACACUUGGGCAUAGCCAUUUGCGUUUAUCAUUCGACCUUCCAACGACCAGGAGUGGAACUGCUCAAAUCGUUUUCAACACUUGCCGCAAUUUCAUUUGAAUUUCGUUUAAGCUAUGAAUCGGAUGCGAAGAAAGAUCCUGUCCUAAAUGAUUUGCAUUUGGUUUCAAAGUUCUGGCGUUGCGCUUGCGGUGUUUAUAAAAAGAUCAAUCCAUCGCCUUUAACACCCUCCAUAAUUUUCGAGUCCUAUCCUCACAUGAAGAUCUACACAGUAGCUACAGCUGAAGAGUUCCUAUUAACGAUUUUGGAUUACGGAUGUGCAGCGGAGAGAUUUGAGCUAUUUGUUCAGUCGAUACACUCUUUAGUGAGGAAUUUGGAAAAGGGACAAGUAAAUCCAAUCGUGAACAAAUUGUUUAAAUUCGUCGAAAAAACCAAAUGGGCUAGAGACAAAGGCAAAAUUGCAACAAUGAUUUUUCUCAGUAACCUUCCAUUCAACCGCACAGACUUUCUUCGGCCUGAGGUAGUCUGGGAAGUUCAAAUAAAUUUGUAUAAAAAUCAGUUGAACAUUGAUUAUCGGAAGAGAGUUAUGUACGCACUAAGCGCCCACGUUGCUCGGGAAGUGGAUCCUACUCGAAAAUAUUGGGAAGAACUUUGUCAAUACCUAUUGCAUACUCCAAUUGCUGAUAUGGCACCGGAGACCGAAGAGGUCAGACAUUUCUAUGACGUGACCGUAGUGUGAAUAUAAUUACGUGUG